AUGUCCAGCACAAAGGAAUUAUCGAUUUGGAGCAAACGCUAUCGGCGGCAAAUACUUGUUACCAUCGUGGCACACAUUAUAACUUUUACUCAUGGCAUCAGUUUGGGUUGGCUUUCGCCCAUUAUACAAGUGCUACAAUCGCCCGAAUCGCCACUCAACUUUACGAUUACCACCGAUCAGGUGUCCUGGAUUGGUUCCCUUUUUGGUAUCGGCUUUCUGGUGGGAAAUAUCUUCUUUGGAUUCACGCUGGACCGGUUGGGAAGAAAACUCAACAUGUAUUUGAUGGCUCUACCACAUAUGCUUUUCUGGAUUCUAAGCUAUACGGCACAGAACAUCAAUUAUCUAUACGCUGGACGUUUCUUUGCGGGCUUCACGAGCAGCGGCAUGUAUGUGAUCAUACCCAUCUUCAUUAGCGAGUUAUCAGACAAGGAAAUACGUGGCGCCCUUACUGCGAUGGCGAUGGGUUUCCUCAGCACCGGUAUUUUACUUGGCUAUGCGUUGCCCGCAUAUCUUGACUACUUCUUGGUGCCAUGCAUUAUAAUUGUAUUGCCCAUUCUUUACUUUGUUGCCUGUUUGGCAUUUCCUGAAACGCCACAAUAUCUCCUAAAGCGUGGACAUACCAAACGCGCGGAAAAGUCUUUUAAUUUCUACAAGGGUCUGCCAGAAUUGGAGGAGAAUUCGCAACAAAAAUCCAAUAGAGACUUAGAACUGCCACGGCACACACUUCCAGCGAGCAGUGAAUUUGAGGAACUUAAAACGGCUGUGCUGUCAGGUGGACUGGCCACGCCCAUCACGAUUAAAGAUUUUUUCACCAAAUCGGCCAUGUUUAAAUUUUUCACCGCCUUCAUUGUGUGCAUUUUGAAUCAGUUCUCCAGCAGCUUCGUCUUCGUCAGCUAUAUGUCCGCUAUUUUCGCCUCCUCCGGUUCGACGAUGGAUCCCAACGAGUGCACCAUUUAUAUGGGUGUAGUGGAGAUAGCGGGAACGGUCACAUCGACGGUGCUGGUGGAACGUUUUGGACGGAAAGUACUUUUGCUUUCCUCCACAGCUGGAAUGGCUGCGUCCAUGUUUGCCUUCGGCAUUUUCGUACAAUUCACCGACGAUGCGACCAAAGCACAAUACGACUGGGCGCCGUUGGUGCUAAUGGCGUUGGUGGUAUAUACGGCUGCGUUCGGCAUUGUUGGAUUGACAUAUACAAUCAUUGUGGAAAUAUUGCCAGCGAAGAUUCGCGGUCAAGCUCAAGCGAUCAGCAUGGUAUUCAUGAGUAUCUGUGUGUUCGGCGCGCUACAUCUCUAUCCUAUGUUCCUAUACAACUAUGGCCUGCCCAUUACCAUGUACUCGUGCACAGGAGUUUGUGUUGUUUGCGGAAUUUAUCUCAUGAUUUUCCUCGAGGAGACGAAAGGCAAAUCAAUGGAGCAUGAUUAG